CGAAGUGAAUCACAAUCUUUCCGGGAGAACCAAAAAAAAAUAAAAAUCAAUCCCUUGCCCAUCGUUUCUCCUCUUGCUGCGAUUUCUGAGUCUUCUGCUUCUCAGGUCCUUGGGCAUGGCGUCGGAUCUCGAAACUAUCGCGCUGAAAGCAUUCAUCAACUACGAUUUCGAGCGUGCUGUCCAAUUAUUAACCCUAGCAAUUUCAUUCAGGCCGAACGACGCCGAGCUAUUCGCCGAACGCGCUGAGGCCAACCUGAGUCGCUGCUACUUCAACGAGGCUGUUGCUGAUGCAAGCAGAGCAAUCGAGUUAGAUCCUUCAAUGCACAAAGCAUACUUCCCCAUGGGUGAUGCUUUUUAUGAGCUUGGAAAGUAUCAGAAUGCCAAAGAAGCAUGGGAAUUAGGUUCUUCUCUGGCUCCCGUGGAUGCAAGAUUCACCGAUUCAAUCAAAAGGUGUGACGAGCGUAUUGCAGAGAUAUAUGGUGAGAUACUCAACCCGCCACCUGUAAAGGCCUCAACCCAGGUGGAACCCGUGGAAGGUGGUCGGGAAAGUGGUCGGAUUGUGAAUGAGGUUCCAAAUCAGGUGACCUCAAAGUUGAAUGUCAAAUCAAAAUACAGGUCGUUGCACCUUCUACACUUUAUGCUUAGCACUGAACAAUAUAUAUUAAGUUUUAUGUGGGCUGCACUUUUUUUAUUCUGUUAGUUUCAAAAUCAUCGUGGUGCCAAGGAGUCUGGACUCUGGAAGUUGGCAGCUUACCAUUAGUGAUGCUUUGGCAGUUGUUAUGCUUCUACUAAUUCAAAGCCUUGAUAGAUGGUUUUUGCUCAUACUUGUGAUGAUGCGUUUAACAGAUGAAGUCUAAGGGAACGGUCCUGUCCAAAAAAAACCAGAAGGAAGGGGUAUGGAGGUGAAGAAAUGGGAUUGUUAUGCUCUUAGUCCUUUUUAAGUUUAUGAGAGGGAUCUUGCCUAUCUAUAUUGUGGGCGCUUCCGUUCUAGUUUCAUGAACUAUGUUAUCUAUUGCAUUUGAAUCCUGGAGAACUACCUUCCCGAUUGUAAAAGCCCCUUUUGCUGGUGAUACAUGUACUGUUGUAAAUGCAGUUGCUGGUCUUGAAUUUCAAAUUGAGAAAGAAAAGAGCUCUGGCUUCUGGUCUCGA